CAAAGUUUGAAUGUUGUUGGUGAAAUCAUUUGUUUUGCAUCCGUCAACUCUUACGCUCCACUCAUACAGUAGUUUCGGUUAGUAGCUCGUGGACUUAAACAUUGGUAUUCUGGACAAAAAGCUGUCGUGGAUUAAGAUUUAGUUCAGUGUUUUAAUUUAAUCUAAAUGUGCGAUAGUUUAUAUCUGUGAAGGUAACCCAGCGUUUGGAACGACCAAUGAUACAUUACAAACGUACAUUUUGAACGUCGUAUUUUCUGAUCAGCAUCGGCUGAACCACAUGCAAAGCACAGUCUCCAAUAGUAGAUUAGCAGCAUGACGAAACAUAAAAAGAAGUCAAAGAGAGAAGAAAGCAGUGAUAGUGGCUCUGAUUACAGUUCUGCAUCAGAUUCAGACUCAGAUACUGAAGCUUUAUCUGCCAAGAAAGUCAAGUUAGAUGCAAGCGCUAAAAAGAAAAAGAAAGUGGAAGAAAAGAAAAAAAAGAAAAAGGAGAAAAUGAAAGCUGAAGGUAAAAUAAAUAUAGAUGAUUUCUAUAGUAAAGGUUUGGAGUUUAGACUCUGGGUAACAGAAGAGAAAAAGAAAUAUGUUGAUGAACUUGAAACAUCGAAAGCUAAAGUUUUAUUUAAGAAAUUUGUGAAGAAAUGGAAUAAAGGAAGACUCCCCAAGAAAUAUUAUGAAGGCCUUGAUGCUUCAGAUGUCGCAGCGUCUUCUAGAACUAAGUACAGAUGGAAGUUUUCUGAUACAGAACAGUCUAAGAUUCGUACUGUAAGAGGGAGGAUAAAGAGUUGGACAUCAGGAUCAAAUGUCUCAAUGCACGAUAAUGAUGGAUUCUCUACAUUUGGUAAAAGUAGCAGCAGUAGUGAUGAUCAGUUCAACAAACGACCUGCAUUGUCAACAGGGACAUUUGUUAAGCCGAUGCAAGGUCCAUCAGUGCCAAGUUCACAGAGUAAACCAGUACAAGGGCCUAUGUUACCUCCUACGGCAUUGAAACCAGUACAAGGGCCGGCUCUACCAAGUGAUUAUAAACCAAUUGUGGGACCAGUACUUCCUCCUUCUAAAUCACAAUAUGAAAUAGAAGCAGAAAGAGAAGCCAGUAGAAAAAUGCUGCAGAAAGAAAGGAAGCAAUUCAAAGAUCACGACAAAAUGGUUAUGGAUGAGCUUGCACCAAAAGCAACUGGAUAUGAGGCUAAGGUUGAAAAGAGAAUUGCUAGAUCAUAUGAGAGAAAAAGUAGAGAACACAGUCCUGAAAUGAAAGAGUCUUAUAUUAUUGGAGGGGAUGAUAAUUUUCAAGCAAAGUUACAGAAAAGAAAAAGACAAAUGGAAGAAAAAAGGCUAAUACGCCAGCAAGCUGAUAGUGAGAAAGUCACUGAAUAUCGUGCCAAGGAGAAAGCAAAAAUGGAAUCUCUUCUUCAACUUGCGAAAGCAAACAGAAGUGAAAACUCGUUAUGGAAACCAUAAAUGUAUAAUAAUAUUUUCCUCUACCACACUACCUCAUCACAAUGACAAUAUUUGAUACCAAUGUAUCUUUCAGUAAAAAUAUGUAAAGCGAAGUCGAAACAUAAAUCCCAUCAAUAUUGAAAGGAUU